AUGGGCGUCUCAGGAGUCGCUGACAAUACCGGGCGCCCGAUGCAGGGCUCGGAGGAGCUCAGCUCUGCUGUCAUCCCUGAGGACAUUGAAGACCAUAAUUAUGACGCCUUAUACAAGGCUGCGUGUACAUUGCCUGAAGUCAUCGUCGCUUUUGGCGGCCAGCGCGCCCGUGUGCUGGGAGGACACUGCGCUUCCUGCAACGCAAUCUUCGUGACGCCAGUUCCAUCACAUACAGUACCAAAACAUCCCCCUCUCCAUUUGAAGCCGAAUUAUGACACCGGGCAUGACGAAUUGGGGACGCCAACUAAGCAGCUGCCCGUGCCCGUCUCCAAGCCACCCCUCACCCUCUACGGAUUUUGGCUAUGCGCCAAGGUCAACGCGAUGGAGAUGCACCCCGCCUACAGCGCGGAGUCGGAGCUGGCGUGUCAGGAGGAGCUACUGAUUGUGGAACCAGACGGAAAGACGGAAAUGACCCUCCUGCAGUUCCUCGUGAGAGCCAGCGCCAUCCUGGGGGGUCAGAGUCUCAGGGCCCGGGACCUGCGAGUCCUGUGGUGGGAUGAGGCCGACAGCGAGGGGCAGUACCGCCCUCGCUGGUACUUAGCGGAGAUACGGACCUUCUACCAGGACAAGGGCGCACACAGGAUCAAGUACAAGCCGCUGGAGAACAUGCCGAAGCAGAGCGAGUUUGUGUUCCUGCCUCUCACACUGCACCACAUGGGGCCCUGCGUGCCGGCGGAGCUCGACCUGGCGGUGCCCUUCCCGCCGCGGUCCUCGUCGCUGGCGGCGGCGGCGGCGGCGGAGAGACCGCAAAAUGGGAUCCCGCCUGUUGGAGGUGCGGGUCCAGACAGUGCUGCAGCCGCUGCCUCCAUAGCUGCGACUACAGCUACAGCCAGCGAAGACAACGACAACGACCCACGGGACACGGCCACCACCACGACCACCAGCCAGUCAGCACAGGAGCCUUGUAGCGCCGCGGCAGCUGGGGCCGGGGCGGAGGCUGCCACCGCUGGCGCCACGUCAGCAGACCCUGGAGAAGCCCCCGCCGGCGGCGGCGGUGGCGGCGGCGGCGGUGCUGGUGGUUUCCGAGGCGGCGAGCGAGUGCCCCGUGAGAUUAUGCGGCUGCUGACGGACAGCCCUAGGCCGGGGCCUGGAGGAACCAGAGCCUGCUUGGGGUCGCCGGCGUCGGCGUCGGGGGAAACGGUGUCCCCGUGGGCAUCCCCCGGGGCGGACAACCCAACAACCCGGGCCGUGUCGGCUUCGCAGGUCGCUGGUUCCGGAGCGUUUCGGAGGCAGCUUUUGGCGCGGUCCGGCAGGGGCCUGGCGGGGCCAGCUGCGAGGCGUGGGACGCGGGGAAGAAGCCGGGGUGGUGGGUUUAUCCGUGUGGAUGGGCGCGGCGGGAGGGGAAGGGGCCGCGGGCGGCCUCCCCUUGCGGCCACCGUCGCCGCCGCGGCGGCGGCGGCGGCGGCAGGGCGUCAAGCUGCCGUCGGAUUAGGUCGUCAUGGGGCUGGGAGAGCCGGGGAAAUGGCAGGUGGAGGCCGGCGGGGGCGGGGGCGGAGGGGCCGUGGACAAGGAGCUGGGAAACAAAAGGAGGGAAGGGGUGGCGGACCGGCGGCGGCAGCGCCAUCGGCAGAUGCGGGUGCAGGUACGGCAGGAGGACGAUUACCACGGGGGAUGCAAGUCGCCGCGAAGCCGGCCGCCGCUGCGUCCGCGGUGACGCUUGGGCCGUCGGGGGAAAGGAGGGCGUCAUUGACCAGUAGCAGCAGCGGCGGAAACGCGACGUCGUACACGACCGCGAGGAGCUCGGGAGCCUGCGCUGCAGCGGCGGCAGCAACAGGAAAGGACGAGGCAGCAGCGGCCGCGGGAGGAUGUACGGCAACGCUAGGAAAGACCGCUGGGCCGUUGAGCUUUGUACGGCGGUCACCGGCGCUUCUCCUGGCGGCAGGCAAGCUGACGGUACGGAAAACGAGAUCCAUGUUGGAGCUUGUGGAGCAGUUGCCCAUGAUAAAGAAGCCGAAGCCGACGGCCCGCGGCGGCAAGGCGCGGGCGGCCGGCGGCGGCGGAGCUGCCGCCGCUGCGGGUUUGCCGGGCAGCGCUUCCGGCAGCGUCACUGGCGGCGCAGGUGCCAAUACCAACGGGAGGCGUGGGCCGCCGAAGCCUCGACAGGCGGCCGGCGCCCAGGGGACGGGGCCCGGCGGCGCGCGGGCAGCGGACAAACGUACGGGUACGGCGGCCGCGGCUGGUGGGCCUGGUCGGAAGGGGGUGGGAAGCCAGCCGGGAAGUGCAGCCGUCGUUGCCGCUUCCGCCGCCGCCACCCUGGUGCCGAAGGAUUGUCCUCAAGGACCGCCGCCGCCCAAACGUCCGCGGCUGGAGGAGGAGGCUGACGGCGCUGCUGCUGCGGCGGCGGCGGCGGCGGCGGCGCCAGCGGAAGGCCCCGCGGAGCCCGAGGGUCACGACCACGACCUGGUACCUAGGAGGCUCGGGGUGAAACCGGGCGGUGGCGCCGACGGCGACGGCGCCGCUGCUAGCGAGCCACGGCGUAGCGACGUAGCUGACGACGCGGCAGCCGCGGCGGCGGCAGCGGCGACACCCGCCGCCAUCGUCAACGGUGGCGAUGGCGAUGGCGGCGGCGACUUUGCGGUCUCUGCGCCGUCACCUCCAAAGCGCCAACGCGGCAGUCGGGAACUCGCGAACCUGCUCAGGACGGACAAGGUUCGAUCUGGACGCAGCGAUGAGUCGCCGACUGGUGCCUUGGCGGCGGCAGAUGGUACGGACGGUACGGAGGGCCGGCAGCAGCUCAUGGUGGUGGAGGUAGACGGCCGCCGCCGCCGGGAUGAUGCGAACAUGAUGACGGAGGGGGCUGCGGGGGAGCAGACCGACACAGCGGCAGUAGAGGCGACGGCUGUAGUAGCAAUGUCAGCGGAGCUAGCGGCGGCGGCGGUGGCGGGGACCUCAAGCCCGAAUGGACGAGAUGACCGGAGGCGGCACGAGCAAGAGGAGGAUGAUGAGGAGGAGGAGGAGAAGCAGAGGCAGCAGCCCCGGCCGGAGGUACGGCGGGGCCGAGGACGGGGCCGAGGACGGGGACGGGGACGGGGACGGUCGCGUCCUCAGGGACAUGAGGCCAUCGAUGCUGGCGUCAAGGCUUCGAAAGGCCGUAGCGCAGCGGGUACGGCGUCGACGGAGGCGGAGUUGGAUGAUGGUGCCCCUGGAGCGCUUGGCGGCGGAGCCGGGGCUGACGGCAUGGCGGAGCUGGCUGCACUGGAUGGCCCCCCACCAUCGAGUUCCCUGGAGGCGGCACAGGACGGCGCCGCGGCGGCGGCGCCGCCGUGCCUGCCGCCCGCUGCUGCCGGGGCUACCGUGCCUCCGCCGGCAUAUGCCAUCCAAGCUGCCAGCCCGUCUGACAAUGCGGCUGCAGGGCGGGCUGCGGUCAGCAAUCGCAGAGGUGGCGUCGUCAUUAGUACCGGUGCCGGUGCCCGGGGAUCCGUUCGUGGCCAGGCAGUGGAGAUGCGGUCUUCGAGGGCUGUGGUAAACGCAGCGGCGGCGGCGCCGCCGCCGCCGCCGGAGAUAGCCGUACUCAGGUCCGCGUUGAUGGGGCUGGCGAUGUCAGCGUCCCGGGUGCAGGAGGCAGCGGCGGCAGCUGCCGCCGCCGCGGCUACUGCCUGCGGCGUGCCGCCGCCGGCGGCGCUAGCGGCGGCCGCCGCCAGCAGCGAUCCUGAAGAUACGGCAGCAGAUCCGCUUAUCGGCCCGGUUGCGCGUGGGUUGAUGACGGAGGGGACGCCGGUGGAGAGGCUGGCGCUGCUGAGGAAGGUGAUGACGGUUGUGCAGCGUGCCGCGACGGGCUUGGCGGGUCUGCCGCCGCUGGGGUCCCGUGCCGACGGCGGCGGUGCCGUCAACCUGUCGGGAUUGCGCGCUCGCGCGGGACUGGAUGGCCGGGCCCGGUCAGAUGCCCCCUUGGACGUGAUGAUAAGGUCGGGUCAAGGCCUUCUCUCUGCGGAUUGGCGGUACGACGGUACGGCGGAUGUGGAGCCGCCGCUGGAGAUGCUUCUCCGUGACGCCCAGCCGUCGCAACUCCUCUCCCAUCCGCCGCCGCCGCCGCUGUGUGGACAUCCCACUGGAACACCGGCGGAGUUUCCCACGGUGUACGGUGAGGACGAGGAGGCAGCUGCGUGGGACUUUGCCGCUGCCGUCGCCGCCGCCGCCGCCGCCGCCGCGGCGAGCGGUGACGGGGCGCUUUUGGGGCUCGCUUCGAGCGGUUGUAGGACUGAGGGCAUUUCCGGAGGCGCGGAUGGGAUCCGAUCCAGAAGUCACUCGACCUCAGGCCAGGUUGUCGUACAGGCUCGCGCCGACUUGCAGGUAACGCCGCCGCCGCCACCGCUGCACAUGGAUCCAACCGCUGCCGGCGCUAUGCCGCUGACGGAACCGCCGCCGCCGCCCCUGCAGCCGUUUGCUCCCUUAGUGGCGGCCCGGCAGCAGUGGCAACAACAACAACAACAACCUACGCUGUGGCAGUCUGGCGGGGGCCGCAAGCGUCCGUCGGCAGCAGCAGCGGCGGCGGCGGCGACGGGGCAGGGGUCGAUGGGACACGGAGCGCCGCCGGCGCCACCGCUGCAGCCGCGGUCAUCGCUACAACCGGCAGGCGAGGAUUCCGAACUCCUGUCGCAGCGGAAUCAGCUGCUACAGCCCCUGCAACAGCAGCAGCAGCAGCAGUUCCUGCCUUACGCGCGUUCGGAGGAUGCGGCAUGGACUCUAAUGCCCAAGCGGCCGCGCGUGGCGGCGGCAGCUACCACGGCGGAGGUAGCUGCCGUACAGCAGGGCAUCGGCCAAGUAAGGCGCGUGAGGGCGACGGAUCUGAGGACCAGCAGUCAUGACGCGGCGGCGGUGGCGGUGGGGGCUGGCGGCGGCGGCGGCGAGGGGCUGUUGCCGUCGGCGCUGCAAACGUUGGCAUCUGCAGCGGAGGUCAUGGAGCGCGACGCGUCUGGUGCGGCGGAGCGGCGAAUGGGGCGGUCGUCCUCCGCUGGCAUUACGGCACUGUCGGCACAAGCGUUGGAGCGCACCGAUGUGUCGACGAUGUUGCUGGCAGGCACCAGGCGCGCUGCAUCGCCUGAACCCCCGGUGGUUCUGCUGGCGGCAGAGCCCUCAGCGCAGGGGCUGGCGGCGGCGGCGGCGGCAGCGGCGGCGGCCCCGCAGCGUGGUGGCCGGCCGCCGAGGCCGAGGCCGUCCACCAACUCGGCAGCGGCUCUGGCGCUUGAGGACCACCAUCGAGGUUUGACAUCCGAGGCUCCCUCAUUCGGCAACGGCGGCGGCGGCGCGCUGGAGGCCUUAGGCUACCCCCAUGGCCAGCACCAGCAUUAUCCAUCGCGCAUCUCCCGCACAUUAACACAGCAGGAAUUCAAUACGGUUCAGGCGGCGGCAGCUGCCGCCGCUACCGCUGCCGCCGCCGCGGCGGCCGCUGCGGCGGCGGCGGCGCCGCCGCCGCCACCGCAGCUUGACCUUGACAGUUGCGGACCGCUUCCCGGCCCCGGCUCCUUGGGGCCCGUCAAAGGCCUCAGGCCUAAUGCAGGUGGUCUUUCCGAGCCCGCCUUCGCCGCGGGUCAUCAAAACGUAGUGGACCUUGAAGGCGAGCUGCUAGGGGGCCUGGGGCUCAGCCUAAGUCACGGGCACCAGAGUAGCGGUGGGGCGCCGCCGCCGCCGCCGCUGGCCCCGCUGACGGCGGAGGUGGUCGCGUAUGGCGCCCCAACUCGGCGCUCAAGUACGGCGCUACAGCACCGCUCAUCGUACGAACACCCGGCGCUGCACGAAAACGCCGCAGCGGUCCACGCCGGGAGCAGCGGUGGUGGAACCGCAUAUCCAGCUAUGCAUCUGUACGGCACGCGUGUACAGCAGCAGAUUGACGAGAUGGCGCUACCGCCGCCGCUGCCGACUCUGCGCCAUUCAGGAAGCGGUGGCAGCCUUGCGGCAGAGCCCCCCGUGUCUUUACAACACCGCUUCUCCUCAGCUGCUGCUGCGCAGCAGACACAGCAGCAUCGACAGUUGGUGUUCCUACGGUCGCAGCAUCCACACCACCAGCAACAGCAACAACAACAUCAAGCGCACCACGCACACCAGCAGCAGCAGCACCAUCACCACCAUCGGGGGUCGCUAUCCGGGUUGUACGACACUACUGGGGUUGGGAAUGGCGGAAGUGACGGAGGCGGCGGAGGCCGAGGCAUCCGUGAUCAGCUGCUGGAAGUCCUGGGGGUCCGCCCCGCGCUGUCCGGUUUACCCGGGGACAGCUUGCGCCCGGGAGGGAGGAAGGGAGGGAGGGAGGGGGCACCUUGGUUCGUGGCCGACCGCUUAGUCGGUUUGCGAACCGCCUACCCGCCCAGGCGGAAUGAGUGGCCAUACCUGUAGGGGCGGCCCCGCAAGCCACUCGAACCAUCUAACCACAUCACCACCACCACAUUCGCAACCUGGAGCGCGGUACCGCCAGCAGCACCAUAGCAAGUUCAGCCUCCUCAAGACUCUCGCCACACACACCCCUGCCAAACUCAAGUCGACCGAAAAUUCCGAACCUGAAAUCCCAGCGACCCCUUCCCACCAAUCGACCCCCUGCUCGUCACCUCAUCAAGGCCGCUGCGGGUGGGUGCCUCCGCAUACCCCCCACCUCCGUCCGGGAAUAAAAACACCUCAUCCCCAUCCUCCUCCUCCUCCUCCCCAUCCCCAUCCGCUUGCUCCCCCACCUAUGGAUAGAUCUUUAUUGCUUUGUAGGGGUGAUGGAGUAAGCGAAGUAGCAGCACAUUACGCCACUCCUC